AUGGCGGAUGCGAGAGGGAUCGAGAUUGGGUUGGUUGGGGACCAGGAGAAGGGCAGAGCAUCGUGGCGGUUUAGCUUCUUCCAAAACUCAUUUGUCAGGCGGAAUGGGAUCUGGCAGUUUCUCAAUGUCACGAUCGCACCGUUGGUUGUGGCGAAUUACUCUGAUGGUUGGGGGCACGGGGGAGUUAUGCCAGCGAGUACUGUUGAUCCAGUGUUGCUGGAUUACACCACGAGGGGUACCAACAAGCCUAUCGCUCAGACAACGACGGCAGACUCCCUCGAAGAGCUAUCCCGUCGCCUUUCUAGGUCAUAUGGCUACGAAGGCGCAGAAUCCAUCUCCAACGCCUAUGGCUUCUAUAUCGACUUUAUCGACGGUGCCGCCUGCUCGCUCAUGGCCGCCAUCCACCACCCAUAUGCCAACAAAGAGUCACCGUUUGCCGGUUUCUACCACACCCGUCAGAGAGUCCUGGAGGCAUGCACACAAGCAUACGGCACGUCCGCUCGUCCCACCCGAUCUGCUAUAUCCUUUCACUGGAGGCCGCAGCCGGUGAUUCACGUUUCCCAAGACGGGCGUUCAGCGAGUUUGAGAGCGAGGCUACUGCAACCAGCCACCGACAAGACUGCAGGGACGAUCAGAGGGGGCAUGUACCAUGACCAAAUGGUGCUAGAUGAGAAUGGGAGCUGGAAGCUGUGGAGUUUGACGAUUGAUGAGUUUUACUGGACAAUGAAUAGCUGGAAAGAAGGCUGGGGAGGUGUGGAGGUGAGAGACAAGGACGCGCCGGAUCAGCCUCCUCCCAGAGACUUGGUUAGGCAGUACCCGCCGGAUCUCUGGCUGAAUGAGAUGGAAGGGGAAAGAGAAGUUGGGUUUAUGGGAGGGAGGGAAAGGUAUGUUUCUUGGCCAGAAAUUCAGAGAAUGUGGUUUGGGUAUAGAAAUCCAGUCAGUGGAGGGGUGCCGGAGAACGGAUCGUACUGGCCCGGGUGUGUGCCUUGCUAUCAACAUAAACCGGAGUGGGGGAUGACGAAACAUGGAUGGCAGGAGCCGCCUACUGGACCGACGUUGGUGAGGGCCAUGUUUGCGCCAGGAAAUGGGAGUUCGGAUGAUGGGACGUUUAUAUCGGUCUCGGUGACACCAGGACCGGGAGAGGUGGUGGAAGGUGUGGUGAGGUUAGUUGGAGAGCAAGUUGAGCUGGAGUAUGUGUUGACGGACAAGGACGAGGGACGAGUGACGUUUGAGUUGCCCAGAAAUCUGUCUGGGGGCUUUCACUUGUUGGAGGCCACGUUCUCGGGGAGCAACAGGUUGAAGCCGGGAAGAGACAUGAUCGAUCUGACACUCCCAGGAGGACCGGGCUCGCGGUUGGGUGACUGA